AUGGACCCCCGUGCCAGUGCCUUGGAAGUGAUGCGAUGUGAUUUAUGUAAGACUGCUGUGCUACAGAUGCACUGUGAUACCUGUUUUGUCAAUUUGUGUAAGGCCUGUGUGGGAGAACACAUCUUAUCAAAUGAAUUCAAGGACCACAAGGUUGUCAAAUUUCAGCUAGAAAAAUCCACACCACUCUACCCGGAUUGUGAAUCUCAUUACAAAGAACGAUGUAAAAUAAGGAGACAGUUAGAAAUGGAAUAUGAAGAUCUCUCAACAGACCUAACAAAACAUAAAAAGGACAGGCAAAGACAAUUUCGCAUGAUUUCAAAACGUCAUUUAAGUUCAGGCGAAGAUGACUACAGCAUGAAGACAAUUCAGAAAUCACCAGAAGCUGAAUUCUCUCCUCCAGUCAAACAGCUGCUUAAUAACCCAGAGCCUAUCACCACUACACGUAGGGUACAUGGUGGAGGAUCAGAUGUACAUCCUAAUUCAAAACCAUAA